AUGCCUAUUCGACGAAUCACUUUAUUUUAUCUGAUAGCUUUGAAUCUAUUUUUACUCAAAGAAUGUUAUUCUACUGAAGAAAUCUUAAAAAGGGAAAAUUAUUUAAACUCAUGCAGUCAGUGCAAUCAAACUAUUACUACGACAUUGAAUGAAGUGUUGAAUUUGAGUUUCCAAUUAAAAUGGGAAAGAAAAUUUUUAAAUGGGUGUGAAUAUACAGGUCCAUUUCGUGAUUAUUGUGCAUCAUUCUUUAGUUCUACAAUGUUUAAACUAAUCAAUAAAUUUAUGGCAAACAUAAAACCGGAACAAUUUUGUCAGAACAUAUUCCUAUGUUCUAGUUAG